AUGGAACAGAGGAGUUCACACCUUGGUGACGCGGUGGAGCCGGGGACGAGCAGGGCAUGCGUGGGCGCAACGCACCACAACCUGCACACACCUCGCACCACACCGAACAACACGCACUUCACCACUCACACUAAAUGCUUACGAAAAUUGAACACCGUGGGGAACCCACUUCAUAUAACGGAAUUUAGUUUAGAGAAAGCUGAUGGGAAUUUAUGGGAUAAUAGACACAGUGAGGAUAUUGGUGACGUGAAUCACAUUAACAAACGUCUAAAAACAUUAGAACGCAUGAUAAUGCGUUCACGAAGACCUCGUGCUCGAGUUAUUGAAUCAUCAUCGUCGGAAGCGUCGUCACGGGAACCAUCGCCUACUUCGAAGAACCCACAAGGCGAAGAAAAUCGGCGCGACCGGACGGCGUUGAUCGUCACUCUACACGGACCCAACUCUGAUGUCGAACCGGGACCGUCCUACGCGGUGGCUGAGAGGACCGCGACCGCCACUGCCGUCGCCGCCGCCGUGGAUGAAGCUCGGGCUACCACGAGUACCCCACCUGCUGCAGAGAACGUCCUCGACAGCGCAUUGUUAGAGAUUCUCGGCGAUGACCCCUCUGCAACCAUACAAUAUGGACCGGAUAUACACAAGGACCUAGCAUCCCGUUUCGAACACCUUGCGACAAAUGGGUUAGAUAAAAAUGUUCGGAAGGAACUGGUCGACAAAUAUCCUAUUCCGGGUAACUGCGGCCUUAUCGGCGCGCCUAUACUCAACGCCGAAAUCAAAGCUGCUCUGCCCGAUAGUAUGUACAAGAGGGAUAAGGCUAUUGAAGCCCGGCAGAAACAACUCGCCAUGGCUAUUACAGUCCUUGGGGCCGCAAUGACUGACCACAUAAGUGAUAAACAAGGUGGGGAAAAAAUCUGCUGUUCAAACGCAGAAACCUCAGGGAAACAAAGGUUUAAACUGGAAAGCUCCAGCACCGCAGCAGCAGCGCAGGCCGACGGGAGCCGGGGCUCAGAAGAACCGCGUGCCUGCCACGACGACGUGGGCGAACCGCACGCGCGCCGCCGCCUCCAGGCCGUCGUCGCCGCCGCGCCGCCGCCGCUAGACCCGCAGGAGGAACAUUCACUCGAACCUUACCCUGGCUGCCGGAAUAUUAUCCGGGCAGCACUAUUGCGACGGUCCGUACCAGCCUCGGCAGUAGAUAUAAUGAUUAGUUCUUUAGCUGAUUCAUCUUUUAAACAGUACAACACCUAUAUUAAUAAAUGGUAUGAUUUUUGUAAACAAAAUAACACACCUUUAUACGAUGCAUCAAUAUUUAAAGUCAUGGAGUUCCUUACUGAUUUAUAUAAUAGUGGCAAUCAAUAUGGUUCGUUAAAUUGCUGUAGAGCAGCCUUGUCCUUAAUUUUAGGACCCAAUAUAUCGACGGAUUAUCGUAUUCAAAGGUUCUUCAAAGGUGUGUUUAGGCUAAGACCUACUAUUCCCAAGUACGAUAUCACUUGGGACACUGGGUGCGUGCUAGAUUACCUGGCUCUCUUGUACCCUAACGAGGCCAUAUCAAUGGAAAAACUUGCAAAAAAAUGUGUAACAUUACUGGCACUGGUUACCGCCCAUAGGGUACAAACCCUGUCGAAAAUAAAUAUUUAUAACAUUAAGAUGUUUCCAGAUAAGAUUGUUAUCAAAAUUUCAGAUCUCAUCAAAACUUCGAAAGUCGGUACGAAUAAUCCAGUCCUUACCUUACCUUUCUUUCUGCAAAAACCUGGGAUUUGCCCAGCCAAGUCAUUAAUUAGCUACAUAAAUAGAACGGCCUCAAUUAGAGAGUCAGAUUACCUUUUUAUCAGUUUUAAGCGGCCUCAUAAAGCCGUCACCACACAAACACUCAGUCGUUGGAUUAAGUCUACACUGAAAGAUUCUGGUGUGGAUGUGUCAAUCUUUUCAGCACAUAGCACGCGCCACGCUGCCACAUCCCAGGCAUACAGCGCAGGGGUUAGCAUUGACCAGAUUCGAAAAACUGCUAGUUGGAGUCAAAACUCCACCACGUUUGGAAAAUUCUACAAUAGAACCAUCAUGACCACAAACGAGGCAGAGUUGGCUUGUGCUAUAUUAAAUAAUAAUUUGUAAUUUUAUUUAGUUUGUAAUCAUCUAGACACAUUAUAAUAAU